CACCAAGCCUCAGACUGCUGCCGCAGCCCGACACCAGGCGCACGCAGAAGCCAGGACGCACGAGGAGAGACGGGCUGGAGAAGUUUGGGUCGGAAUUUGCUUUGCCCGUCUGGAGCGCCCCCUCGUUUAUUUCUUUGCGUGUCACGCAAGAUAGUGUCCUGGUGGUGUUGAACCCAAAUUCUCAGUCUGAGAGGCAGGAGCCGUGAAACCAGUUCAUACUGGGAAGUUGAGCACAGCCAGAAACUGGCAGCGUUGGCUUGGGGAUGGAUCACGCUGGACUUUGGAUAUUCUUAAUAACAACUUGUGUUAUUCCAGAGGUUAAUGGGCAGACGGUGGAAAUGGAUGACGGGAAGUCAGGAUACGUUGGCUCAAAGGUGGAUCUCCGCUGUCGGUUCAUCAACAGUUCUCCACCAGUCAAAAUCUCUCAGGUGACGUGGCAGAAGCUGGUCAACGGCACCAAGCAAAGCGUGGCAAUCGCAAAUCCAUCCUUAGGCGUCUCUGUGGCGCCGCCCUAUCGGGACCGUGUCACGUUCAGAAACGCAGCUGUGAGAAGGCGCACCCCUUCUCUAGAGGACACGACCAUCAUCUUCUCCUCGCUCCGCCUCUCUGAUGAAGCCACGUACAUCUGUGAAUACACAACAUUUCCUGCGGGGAAUAGAGAGAACUCUGUGAAUCUGACUGUGCAUGUCCGGCCGACUACCCAGAUGAGUCUUUCCUCCCCCACACUGGUGGCUCGUUCAUCUAAUCUCAAAACCCCAGUGGCAACCUGCAUCUCUGCAAAUGGAAAGCCUCCUGGCACCAUCAGGUGGGAGACGAGGGUGCCUGGAGAAGUGACUACCCGUGAGUACAGAAACUCAGAUGGGACAUUCACUGUUCAGAGCGACUACAUUUUGGUGCCCAGCAAGGAGACGCACAGGGAGACGCUCACCUGUGUCACAACCUACAAUGAAGAGGUCUACACUGACAGUGUCACUCUGGACAUUCAAUAUGAACCAGAUGUGACAGUGGAGGGCUUUGAUGGGAACUGGUACCUGAAUCGAGAGAACGUCCGUCUGACUUGCCAAGCAGAUGCCAACCCUGCUGUCUCUCUGUAUCAGUGGAGACUGGUGAACGGCUCAAUCCCCAGCAGCGUUGAGGUCCGAGACAGCAUUCUUCUGUUCAAGGGUCCGAUCACGUACGACCUCCAGGGCACUUAUGCAUGCGACGCCACCAACAGCAUCGGGACCACUUCAGCGUCUGUUGAGGUCAACAUUAUAGAAAAGCCUCAGCCGCAGAUCGCAACAGGUGAUGUUGUCAGUGUGAUUGCCUUAUUAUUGGCUGCUGGCGUUCUCAUGGGCAUCACCAUCACUGUGUUGGUGCUCAAAAUAAGAACCCGAAAGGAUAACACAUCAAAUGAUUCUCCUUCUAGAAAACUGUCCCAGCCUAUAAAAAGAAGACCCGGGGAAGACAUCCAGCAUCUGGGGAAAUUUUACGAGGAGCUGCCAAACACAGCAGACUAUGUGAGCUACCGACUGGCCUGUAACAAAGAGGACUACCCCGAGCCCUACUCCCCACCUAUCAACCCUCCUCUGUCAUUUCUGCCACAGAACCCCCACCACACCUCACAGACAAUGCCUUCAAAGGGUACCAGCUGCACCGGCACCCCUUCGAAGAACACUUUUAACCCUCCUUCAUACACCACAGCCAUCUUCAAGUACCCCUCUGUGCCAGGCACCUCCGGCCAGCUAACGGAAGUGACAGGAUUCAAAGCCGAAGCGCCCGCUGGGCAAUCCAGUUCGGUUUCACGUGGCUGGUCCAAGGACACCGAUCUUUUCUUUGCUUAAAUGCAACUGUUUCGUUCAUUCGUCCCGUUUUUCACAUGUCACAUGUUUGAAAUGCAAUGCUCCAUGUUUAACUGUUAGGUUAGUGGAGGGUUUAUUUAAAAAAAAGAAAAAAAAACAUUUGAUGAUUGGUUGUAUAAUGUUUGAUCCAAUCUAACUGAAGGGACUGGAUUACCUCUUGAUGUGCUUUACUCCUUCCUUUAUCCACUGUGACUCAUUUAAAAAAAAGGGGGAAAAAGAGAAAUAAACCACAACAAAUUAAAUGAAUGCUCCCCUUCUGUAUCUCUGAUUCCAUCCUGUUCAUCCUGUGUUGUUCUGAAUGCAUUGUUCUAAUCCGUUUGGUUAUGCAUCCUGGUUCUCUGUUGUGCAUGUGUUUUGAUAAUCUGUUUUUCUUUGUACAAUAAAAAAAGGCGAAAUUUAUAUUAACUGAUUUAUACAUUUGUAUGUUUUUAUUGGUGUUGUCUGUGGUUGUUGGAGGAACACUGGAGUUUCUAGCAUUUCAAUAAAGAAGAUCCAAACUGCAGUGAACGUCUGCAUC